AUGACAAAGGAACUCUCGGACACCGAACUUGACAUCAUCAAGGAAGCACAGAAAGAGGUUUUCAACGAAGAAAUUAUUGCACUAACGGCAAGAAAGGAAUUGAGCAAAAGAAGUCAUCUGCUCCCCCUUACACCGAUGUUGGCUGGAGGCCUAUUACGAUCAAAUACAAGACUUCGGCGAUCAGAUGACCUGGCGGCUGACACCAAGUUCCCGAUUAUUCUGCCAAAGAAACAUCACGUGACACAGCUGAUUGUGAAGUAUCAUCACGAGAUGGAAAGUCACGAGAUGGGUGUCAACUAUACACUCAAUCACCUGCGAUCAAGAAACCAUGUGAUUCACAGUCGACAAGAAGUAAAGGCAUGCAUUCAUAACUGCUUUGAAUGUAAGAGGCGUUUUCGACUCCACCCUGCCAAGCAACAAAUGGCCCCGUUGCCGCAGUUUCGCUUACAGAUGACUAACAGACGGUUUACCAAUUGUGCAACAGAUUAUGGUGGCCCUUACUUGACCAUGCAAGGACGUGGAAGAGCUCGAACCAAACGAUACCUGUGCCUUUUCGUUUGUUUACAAACCCGCUGCUGCCACCUGGAAAUGGCCACAUCCCUAGACACAGGUAGUUUCAUGAACGCGUUCACCAGGAUGACUGCUAGAAGAGGAUGGCCCAAGAUAAUGGUUAGCGACAACGGAUCAAACUUCGUCGCUGCAGACAGAGAAAUUCGAGAAUUAGUCGCAGAAUUAGAUCAAGAACAAAUCCAACGCACAACAGCAAACAAAGGCGUGGAGUGGUACUGGAACCCACCAGCAGCACCGCACUUCGGUGGUGUAUUCGAAGCCUUGAUUAAAGCGGCAAAGCGAGCUAUUUCAGCCAUUUUACAAGACGCAGACAUCACAGAUGAAGAGCUGCAAACCUGUUUUACAGGAGUCGAGAGUUUGCUCAACUCGAGACCACUAACGACCAUCAGUGAUGACCCAAACGACGAACCAGUACUGACGCCAAACCACUUUAUCAUUGGUCAGAUGGGCGGAGACAUAGUUCCAGAUAGUGUUGACACGACCGAGUUCAACCCUCAUCAACGAUGGAGGCGAAUUCAAGAGCUCAUUCGUCGCGUAUGGCAACGUUGGUUGAAAGAAUAUCUGCCAUACAUUGGUUCCCGACACAAGUGGUUCUCUAAGGAAAAGAACCUGAAAGAAGACGACGUAGUGAUUGUGAUCGACCCCGAUGCAAGACGACGAGACUGGAAAGUAGGCAGAAUUCUUCGCACCUACCCUGGAGCGGACGGUCUCGUGCGAGUAGUAGAUGUUAAAGUUGGAGAUAAGAUUUUGAAGAGACCUAUUACCAAACUUUCACCGCUAGAAAUGCAAGAGACAUUGAAAAAUCAAGUUUGCGUACGUGUGAAAUCGAACAUCGAUCCCGAAAUAUUUACAGGAAAUCGCGAGUUAUCGAACAUCGGAAUUAUCGGAAUCAACAGUUGGCUCGAUAGCAGCGUCGCACUACACUGGAUACGUGGGAAUGGAGACUUCAAGCAAUUCGUGGCAAAUCGUGUCCGAAAGAUUAGAGAGCAUGGUGACAUUACGUGGAGAUACAUAGGAACUAAGGGUAAUCCUGCCGACGUUGCUAGCCGCAGUGAACCGGUCACAGAAGAGAAACAACUGUGGUGGAGGGGACCAGCAUGGCUCAGUGAUCCUAGAGCAUGGCCCCCAGACCUUGUUACCGUACCCACCGCAGAAUCCAGUGAUAAAGGAAGUCUUAGCCACAGCCCUAUCAUCAGAAGACAAGUUCAGUGUGCUGAUGCAGCAACACAGUCUGUUAAAGGCCUUGCGCGUGUGCGCAUGGGUGUCCAGGUUCCUAACUAA